AUCGGUUAGGUAUAUUUUUCAUUUGUUUGUGUAAUAAUUACAUUUUAAGCCUUUUUUCUAUCUAUCUCAUUUACCAUAAAUAGUACAGUUAAUUGGUUCAGAUAUUUAACAAGUAUAUCAGCAGCAGUCAAUUUAAUUAGGCGGGAAAACUUGUCUUCUAGUUCUUCCGUUUUCUACACUUCGCAGAACACGCAAUAGCAUCAUUUGGCAUUCAACGGUGUGCGCUGCGACCGGUAGGGUUGUUUUCUCGGAAAGAUGCAAAUAUUAGGAAAAGUUUUCAAUAGCAACUCUGGCAAACUGAUUGUUGCCGGAGGGUUGCUAUUUGUAUCGUCGGAAAUCGUUUACGAGUUGUAUCUGUGGUUGCGAAAAUGUUCAAAGCCCAAACCAAAGCCAUGCGAGGUGUACUUCAUUAACCGGCGCAAACUAAUGAACCCUUCACCGAACCCGCAAGUACUUUUGCGCGAACAUAUUGACCGGACCAUCAGCUACAUUGAUAGGGCAGAAAAAUCCAUCUGUUUAGCACAGUACAUCUUUACCGUGCGGGAAAUAAGUGAGGCGAUCAUACGUGCGAAAAAGCGCUCGGUUGUAGUGCGAGUUGUUACAUGCGAGUCUAUGGUUGGGAAUGAAGGUUCCUAUUUACGUGAUCUGAUCGAUGAAGAUAUAAAGGUGCAGUACAAGUACAAAUCCGAGUACCUUAUGCAUCACAAGUUUUGCCUGCUUGAUACCGAAUGGUAUUGUGGCAAUUGUCUGAUUGCAUACCACAUCGCAGAAUACGGUGAGCCAACCAAAUUUAUGCAACAUACCUUGUUCGAUAAAGCCGUCGUAAGCGACAGAGCUGAACUGUUGAAACGUUUCGGCAGCUCGUGUUCACGUUGCAAACCGCAGCGACGCGUACAAAACAAACAAACAAUGCGCCGAAAAACGGACUGCACCUGCGAUCCAUUGCCCAAGCACGGCCUGCUAAUUGCAGGUUCUAGCAAUUGGACAGCUCCCGGUUUGAUGACGCACUGGGACAACAUCAUGUACUGCUCCAUGCCAGAUAUGAUCAACCCAUUUACGGCAGAAUUUCAAAGAAUGUGGUACGAGUUGAGCGAUCCCUUGGACAAAACAAUACUAAAAGAACCUAUGUAUCGGGAUCGAAUCAUUCAUUGAACUCCGACGUAAGUGGUUCUGUUCUACACAAGCUAAACAAUGUAUGUAUUGAACUAUGUUUCAUGUACAAAAGGACGUAUUAAAUGAUAUUGCUCUAUGAUGGCUAAUGUGCUCUAAGCACGAUAUAUUACAUGAAUUAAUGCAAUGUUAUAACAAAUGAAAUAAAACUUGAACUUGACUACUUCAUAUAAACACUGAUUCACAUUCUGCUUAGCGCCAGUUUCGUACAACAAUCUGUACUUUUCGCAUGGAGCAGUAUCAUAUUACACAUGCACAAAUAUCAGGACUACAAUGCAAUUCAGCAUAAUUUGAUGCUAGAGUUUUGUCGCAAUAGUAAGACUAAUCGGAAUUUAAUAUAUCCUUUCCUGUAUAAUGAAGAUAAGUAAUAUGUAUCACCGUUAUUACGAUCAUUAUCUGCAUCAACCGUCUAUUUUAUCAUACUCUGUCAUCCGCGCGACUAAACAAAUAUCUUUCAAUAAUCAUUA